CACAAUAUCGUCUGGGCAAUGAAGUUCCAUCUGCUGCUGAUCUGUGUCGCCAUUUCGAUGGGACCGCUGCCCGCAUCGGAGGCAGGGGUGACGGAGGAGCAGAUGUGGUCGGCCGGCAAACUAAUGCGCGACGUCUGCCUGCCCAAGUAUCCCAAGGUCAGCGUGGAGGUCGCCGACAACAUUCGCAACGGGAAUAUACCAAAUAGCAAGGACAGCAACUGCUACAUCAAUUGCAUCCUGGAAAUGAUGCAGGCGAUCAAGAAGGGCAAGUUCCAGCUGGAGCCGACCCUGAAGCAGAUGGACAUCAUGCUGCCGGACAGCUACAAGGACGAGUACCGCAAGGGCAUCAACCUGUGCAAGGACUCGACCGUGGGCCUCAAGAACGCCCCCAACUGCGAUCCCGCCCACGCUUUGCUCUCCUGCCUGAAGAACAACAUCAAGGUGUUCGUGUUUCCGUAGGAUACCAGAAUACUAGAAAUGCAUCCGCAACUGAUAGAGAUCAGAUCGCAAUAUCCAUUGACCAAAGAGCGCCCCUUUCCCUAAUUCCCCGCCCUAGAAGCCCCAGAUCAAUAAAGGUUAGCCCGAGGGC